AUGGAAAAGACCGUCUUUCUAAUGUCUAGAUCCGCUCGUGUUGUGCUGAAACCGCGGCUGCAGUUCUUUCUCGCGUCACGGUCACGAAAUUUCACGAGCAGCAUCCAGCGGAACUCAACGGCUCCCAACCCCAAGAAAGACGAACCUCAAGAUGGUUCGACUCCAUCGCAAGGACAGUCCCCUCCGAAACGUCCGUCGAUGGAAAAGAUCCUGGCCGAGACCGACCCGAAAGAAAAUCCUCUCGUUGCUCCCGUUCACAUUCCCUUCGACACGAAUGGUAUCCUCAAGCCCGACCAUCCUGCGGCCAAGGUCCUAUCUCAGUCGGGCAUCGUGGUACAAAGGCAUAUAGAAUUGAUGAAUAUACUAGUGGGGUUUGAGCAGGCAAAUCGAUAUGUGAUCCUCGAUCCGCAUGGAAAUCACAUUGGAUACAUGGCAGAGGUCGACGGGAGCUUGGGAAAUCGUAUCCGGAGACAGAUGUUUACCACACACCGCGCGUUCACCACUCAUGUGUUCGACCGAGAUGCUAAAGAGGUGUUGAGAUUUGAUCGACCGUUUUCAUGGAUCAAUACACGCAUCCGGGUCUAUGAUCCCCUUGGAACCUCUUCGAGUGGACAGACCUCUCCAUUCACCUCGGUGUCGCCAAAAAGUGAUCCGGAACUAGCGGUCGGGCACCAAGUUUCGCCUCUGCCAUUGGAUGCAAUGCGUGUCAUUGGUGAGGCGCAUUCACAAUGGGCUCCCUUGCGGCGUAAGUACGAUUUGUUUCUUUCCCAUGAUCCCGAACUGAGUGAGCCCGGACCCGCGGUCAUGCCUCGAAGGAGUGCGGAAGACUUGUCGAAGGCGCAACUACAGCAAAUUGCGCGCAACCGUCCGUCUAACUCGGCAGCCUCUUUUGCCCAGUUUGCAUCGAUCAACGAACCAUUCCUGUCAUGGGAUUUUUCUUUGCUCGACGAAGAUUCACGCUUGAUUGGCUCUGUGAAUCGAAGCUUCCGUGGAUUUGCACGAGAAGUCUUCACUGAUACUGGCAGCUACGUUUUGCGAAUGGAUUCAGCAGGGUUACAAGAAGAGGCCACCCAUCGGCAUGUCGUUUCUCAGACUCAUCAAUCCAACACGGCCUAUGCUGAGGUCUUUGGACGGCGAGACAGCAAAUAUGGAAUGACACUUGAUCAAAGAGCCGUCAUGCUGGCCACAGCGGUCACAAUCGAUUAUGACUAUUUCUCCCGCCAUAGUGGAGGAGGUGGUUGGGGAUUUUUUCCUGUUUGGAUGGGAGGUGGAGGAGAAGCGGCGGGUGGUGCUGCCGGCGCAGAGGCCGCUGGUGCCGCCGGUGCCGCCGGUGCCGGUGAAGUCGGUGGCGCUGUCGUUGGGGGUGCAGGACGAGCAGUGGGAUCGGCUACAGGAGCCGGUGCCAUUGGUGAAGGUGCCAUUGCCGGAGCGGGAACAAUGGCAGGGUAUGAAGCCAUGGAGAGAGGUCUGGGACGAGAUUCCCAAGCUCCAGAACCAGAAGUCCACCCUCAACAACCAGCACCACACGACCAGCCUUAUGAUCGUCAAUCACCACCCAGUGGCCUGGACGGACCGGAUCAAGACGGUGAUCUCUGGGGCUCUGGUAAUCAGGAUCCUUGGAGUAGUGGCGGGGGGGGCGAAUCAGGUGGUGAAAGCGGCGGAUUUUUCCAAUGGCUAUGGCAUCUCUUUUUCGGUGAUUAA